UAGCUUGGACGAUGUUACUGGUGGUUCUGACUAUCAAGAUGUCGGUAUGAAUUACACGUCGAACUUCAAAAGGAAGCAGGAAUGCUGCAGGCGGUCUAAUCCUGUCAACGCUAGCUAACUAGUUCGGUAACCGAUAACAACGUUAUCAUUUUGCAGCUGUCAAUUAUUUUUACAUUUCAACUUGUCAACUUUGUGUCGAAUGCCACGCCCAGCAGCUGUUGUCACUGUAGACUAGAGCAUGUAAGGACCACCAAAUGAGUGCUGCUGAUUUUAAUGUCGCUAACUUGGCUACCUACCACUGGUGAGUGAAUUUCUUGUGCUUUUUAAGUUAGACAUUUAGCGAUAUAGAUCAAAUCGGGCCCCGUGUGUGUUACCCAGGCCAGCUUGCACGUGUCCCACCGUCUCUUUUUGUCCAUUCAGCUGUAAGAGAGAGGGGCACCUGCACCCCAGACAUGAGCAUGGAGGCCUCGUGAAAGAUGUUUUUUUUUAAACAGAAGUCACCAUAAUUGGGCGGGCUGACUGGGGAGUUGUCUGGCCUGGGCAAUGGGUUUGCAUGGCCCAACAGCUGGUCUGUCCCAUGAGGGUCUCUCCCUUUCUCCUGCCUGCCUCCAGGUCCUCAACCUGGCCCCAUGGACCACAACACUCCUGCUGCUGCUCCUCACCGACCUGGCCCUCUCUGCCAAGGCUGGAGGCCGCCUGUCGAUAGAAGUCAUUACUGGCACUCAUCCCAUGGACACGGUAAGACGGGGGUAGAAGUGGUGGGAGUGGUCCUCCGGGUCACGCCUCAGCCCAGAGCUGGAUGUUUGUGACAGAUUCAUGGGCCUGAAGGACCAUCCGGAGGAGGAUGGAGCAGGCCGCAUCCUUGACCUGGGGCUGGUUUUAGAGUACCUCCACAUCGAAGGCUCCGUCAGCAGGCAGGCUGGCGCCGAUACAGGGCCCAAUAUGGAGCCGGGCGAAGAGGAGGAAGAGGCCUGCGAGGGCGACAGUGACCCGGAGCCAGCCCGAAAGAGCACCGGUUCUAACCCGACUGGAGGAGUGUCCGUAUCUGAGCUAGAUGGUGUGUCUGUUCCCAACACCCACCAGCCUCUAUGCAGGACUCCCUGUGUGGACCUGGGGUCCGAGGGGCCUCCUGACCCUCCGUCAGGGGGGGCCUUCAUCCGGGGAAGCCCUGAGAGAGUACCAGUCCAAGCUGGAGUUUGCUCUGAAGCUGGGCUACGCAGAGGAGCUGGUGCGGCUGGUGCUGGCCAAGCUGGGGCCGUACACGCUCAUCAACGACAUACUGGGAGAGCUGGUCAAACUGGGCCGUAAGGUCGAGACAAACCAACAGCGGAUUGGGUCCACGGGUUCACAGCCCACCCCCUCAUCCUCCUGCUCCUCCUCUUCCACCUGUGGGUAUGUGGAAGCAGUGGAGGCGCAGCAGGGGAGGACAGACUGCCCCUAUCAGACAGACCUCCUCCUGGGGGACAAGGAUAACCUGCGGCCCGUCGUCCUGGACGGUAGCAACGUGGCAAUGAGCCAUGGCAAUAAGGAGGUGUUCUCCUGCUACGGCAUCCAGCUGGCUGUUGAUUGGUUUCUGGAGCGAGGUCACCGUGACAUCACUGUGUUUGUGCCUUCCUGGAAGAAAGAGCAGUCCCGGCCUGACGCCCUCAUCACAGACCAGGAUAUUUUACGUCGUCUGGAGAAGGACAAGAUCUUGGUGUUCACUCCGUCUCGUCGGGUCCAGGGUCGCCGGGUGGUCUGCUAUGACGACCGUUUCAUUGUCAAGCUGGCCUACGAGUCUGACGGCAUCAUCGUCUCCAACGACAACUACCGCGACCUGGCCAGUGAGAAGCCAGAGUGGAAGAAGUUAAUUGACGAGCGGCUGCUCAUGUACUCGUUUGUCAACGACAAGUUCAUGCCUCCUGAUGACCCUCUAGGUCGUCAUGGUCCCAGUCUGGAGAACUUCCUGAGGAAACGUCCCAUCAUGCCAGAGCACAAGAAGCAGCCCUGUCCUUAUGGCAAGAAGUGCACUUACGGCCACAAGUGUAAGUACUACCACCCGGAGAGGAGUGCCCAGUGCCAGCGCUCGGUGGCAGACGAGCUGCGUGCCAGCGCCAAGACCUCUGCCACCUCUACUAGCGCAAAGGGCCAGGCUGGCGAGGCCGGGCUGGUGAAGAGCCACAGCGUGCCCAACAAUGUAGCGAUGGGCACCAAGAGAAGUUCUGCCCCCAAAAGGCAGUGUGACCCCAGCAUCCGGGCGCUGUCCUACGGCGAGGCAGAGGACAAGCUGAGACACGCUGAGAAAUGCAACAGCCUCAGUAGUAGUAGUGGGAGUAGUUGUUGUAGUGGGAGUAUUACUCUGUCCCCUGCCCCUGGAGGACCCCCCUCCUCUGCCCUCAGCGACCCCCAGGAACAGCCACCGAGCCUGGGCAGGGACACACCCUACAUGACCCUGCCGCACCCCCACCCUGACCCCUACUCCUCCAGCUGUGACCCUCCAGAUCUGAGCUACUACUCAGUGACGCCGGCCCACUCUGGCCUGGCAGCACGGAGGAAUCCGGAGUCCCACUUCCCACUGGACACUGACCUGCGUCUGCUGGGCUCGUCAGACUGUGUCAGCAGCGGAUGUGACUCGUACGGAGAACGAGCCUCCUGUCUGUGCUGCCCAGGCCCUCUGCUGGACAAAUACAUCCACCAUCAGCACCAUCAACACAACCGCCUGUACUCUCAACACUCUGCCCCCCUGCUCGAGCCACACCACCCCUCCCCCCACACCUCUGUCCUCUAUGGCUAUCACCAGAGCCUGGCACGGGGCCACAGCUUCCCCAUGACGAGCCCCCUGACCCCCACCUGAAGCGCCUCUGUACCCCCUCCCCCUCCCCUCCAGCACCAGGCCGUAGGCGCCCGCUCCAGCUGCCCUGGAGACUACCCCUCUGUGUCCCAGUCCGGCCCCUACCCUGCUGGCUCCCCUCUGGGCCGCUGCCUGGCCAGCACGCGGCUGGAGACCCUGUCAGACUCCCGGCUGUACGAACGCUCUCCGCCGCCCCCCAGGAAAGCCUUCUCCUGGGAUCCCUACUGCAGCCAACCCCCUCAGUCCUGCUAUGAGACCUACCAGAGUCUACCAGAGACCCACGAUGUAGGCUGGGGACACACAUCUCCAUGGGGACAGACCACACACUCUUACCACCCCUCUCACCAACCCUACUCCUCUCAGCCCCCUCACCCACCCUACCCCCCUCACCCAUCCCAUGCCCCUCAGCCAUCCCACCCGUCCAUGCCCCUCCACCACAUGCACCAGGAGCCCCCCACCCUGAGCCGGUACGGGGAGGUGCGGGGUAAGGUCUACCUCAACCUGUGUAACAUCUUCCCCUCUGAGCUGGUGGGCCGGGUUAUGGGGAGGAACCCCCAUGUGACGGACGCCCAGCAGCUAGCUGCCGCCAUCUUGGCUGAGAAGUCCCAGUCUGGCUACUGAGUCCAGCUAGACUACUACUCUCUCUCCCUAUUCAUAAGUUAGUUGUAGUUUUGGCAAUAUAAGGGUUUGACUGUACAUUUGUUUGUGGAUAACUUAAGUGUUAAUCAUGUGCAGGUGAGGAUAUGCAUUGAUUUACAAGUCACAGUUUGAAACAUUUUUAAAAACUAACUGUGGAAUCUGAGGGAUCUGAUUAUAUUCCUAAUCUUACUUCUAUUCUAUAUUUUCUACUCUAUUUGGAAACAUUCACCCCCUAAUUGGCCACCAUUUAUCAACAGAUUCUUGGUUGUUGGGGAUGUGUAUAUCUUCUGUGUUCAAUUGGUGUAAUUGAUUUGUUUCUCUGCAGUGUGUUCUGUUUGUGCCUGUUGUUGUUAUGAUAGUAGGUGGCUGAGUUAGUCUUCUCAGUUGAGAGAAUGUCUUGCAGUAGAUGUCGAGGCGGGCACGUCCGUGUCUUGUUGUCGUAGUUUUAGUAAGGGACGUCUCUGGCCCCUCAUUUUGGCUCCAAGCCUGCAGCUGCUACAGACACGGUAGACUCGAGCUCCAAUCCCAAGUCGAUUCCCUUUGGUUGUUUUCCCUGAAGACCGAUCCAAAGGGCUCAGAGCCCCUGGCUUGAUGUAGACAAUCUGUUACAGUUACCGGCGCAAUCCCUGGUAGACAAGAGAAAGCUUUUCUUUAUUGAUACAAUUUGUAUCGUUCAUUUAGGAUUAUAUACCUGUGUAUAUAUAUAUAUAUAUAUAUAGGUUGCUACUUUCUAUGUGAAAGUAGGUGUGUAAUUGAUUCAUGAAAAGCUGUUUAUAUAGCUGGUGCAUUUUAAACUCUAAUACUGUAUGAGAUAUUCCAGGAAACAUUUUAAGACAUGUUUAGGAAUAUUAAUCAAAUUAGAUACAUGAAAAUGUGAGGUAUUCUGACCUUUUGGGAUGGAGAAUAGCCUUGGCUGGGUUGAACCCAAGUGACCAGCUAGGUGAAAUGAAAUGGGGAACUGCUGCGUGAAAUAUGCAGUGGGUCGGUAAACAAUAAAUCAUUUUGUUAUGUAAGGAAAAACCUUCUCUCUGGCACCGUGUGUCAGUGAGGGCCCGGACGUGGGCAAAAAGUCAUGCCUUUACACGGCAUUGUGCUUAUGACACAUCAAAUACUCUGAACCAUGUUCAGCAAACUGUUAUGCAUGUUUUGGUGACACUUUAUUUUAAUCGACCGUAAUAAGUCAUUUAUAAAGUGUGUUCACCAUUUAAUAAACAUUAGUCUUUUUGCAGACCCUGAUCUGAAGUGAGCGCUAUUUAUACAUUGAUGUUGAGUGACCAAUGUAAUUUCAGCAGUACCUGGUAACACAUACAUUUGUGAGUGUACUGUUUGCAACGGACCCUUAAAAUAAAGUGUUAGCCAUGUUUUCUUCAAGUGUUCUCUCAAUUGUAUUGUAUCAUAUUAGCUUGACAACUCCGUGCCUAUCAAAUAUAGUAUUGGCUUAGUAUUCUUCAUUAACAAUUGGUUGUCCUUGUUUUGUUGGAAAUGCAUAGUCUUGUCACUAAUUUCCAGAACACCAGACAGAGAAUUUAAUGUACUUAGAAUAACAUUUACUAUAUUUCAGAUUGGAGUUUUCCUUUGAUCCAAUUCUGCGGGUAGAAAAAAAAUGAUUUAAAAACCCCCCCACAAGGCUUCAAUCCUCAGCAUCAAGAUUAGAACCUGUGACCUUCUGGUCCCAGUGCCUAGUCCACUACACCAAAAGGGGGGAGGGCACCACGCUUG